AAAACCCGGAGAGGUGGAAUCCCUCGCUCGGAGCGCCCCGGCGGCCACUGGGCAUGCUCGGUUGUCAGGCAGGUUCGGGGCUGCGAAGAGCUUUUGCGCCUCGCGGAUUCCUCCUCCUGCCGCGCGUCCUCCUCCUCCCGAGCAGGGAGCGGGCGCAUGAUGGCGGCGGCGGCGGGGAGCGCCAGCGGCGGCAGCAGCGGCGGCGGCGGCGGCGGCAGCAGCAGCAGCGACACGUCCAGCACCGGCGAGGAGGAGAGGAUGCGGCGCCUCUUCCAGACGUGCGACGGCGACGGCGACGGUUACAUUAGCAGAAAUGACUUGUUGAUGGUCUGUCGUCAACUGAAUAUGGAAGAGUCUGUGGCUGAGAUCAUGAACCAACUGGGCGCAGAUGAAAAUGGGAAGAUUUCCUUUCAGGAUUUUACAAGAUGCCGCAUGCAGCUCGUUCGAGAAAUUAGGAAGGAGGAAGUAGGCCUUUCUGAGAAGUCAGACAACUCCUGUAAAAAGAAGAAGCUGAGAGAUAGAAUUGCCUCCUGGCCCACCAGCAGUGACAACAGUUUAGGUGCCUUAUCAGCAGCCAGGGAGAGCUGGGAAUACGACUCGGGUGCCAGGGAUCUCCAGAGCCCGGACUUGCAGAGUCAGUCAGCCCUACAGAAGCUUCUCGAGUAUGGCGGAAGCUCUUUGCAUCAGCAGGCUGCUGCUCUCCACAAACUGCUCACACAGUCGCCGCAUUUUGGCAACUCUGUAGGAGGAAGCUAUCUAGAGCUGGCCAACACGCUCCAUUUAGCAGCCCUGGCAUCACUCAAGGGAGAUAUAGUGGAGCUUAAUAAACGUCUGCAGCAAACGGAGCGGGAACGGGACCUUCUGGAAAAGAAAUUGGCCAAGGCACAGUGUGAGCAGUCCCACCUCAUGAGAGAGCAUGAGGAUGUCCAGGAGCGAACGACGCUUCGGUACGAGGAGCGCAUCACAGAACUCCACAGCAUCAUUGCUGAGCUCAAUAAGAAGAUAGACCGUUUGCAAGGCACCACCAUCAGGGAGGAAGAUGAGUACUCAGAACUGCGAUCAGAACUCAGCCAGAGUCAACAGGAGGUCAACGAGGACUCUCGAAGCAUGGACCAAGACCAGACCUCUGUCUCCAUCCCUGAAAACCAGUCCACCAUGGUCACUGCUGACAUGGAUAACUGCAGUGACCUGAACUCGGAGCUGCAGAGGGUGCUGACGGGGCUGGAGAAUGUCGUCUGCUGCAGGAAGAAGAGCAGCUGCAGCCUGUCCGUGGCCGAGGUGGACAGGCACAUCGAGCAGCUCACCACGGCCAGUGAGCACUGUGACUUGGCUAUUAAGACAGUCGAGGAAAUUGAGGGGGUACUUGGCCGAGACCUGUAUCCCAACCUGGCUGAAGAGCGGUCUCGUUGGGAGAAGGAGCUGGCUGGGCUGAGGGAAGAGAAUGAGAGCCUGACCGCCAUGCUGUGCAGCAAAGAGGAAGAGCUGAACAGGACCAAGGCCACCAUGAACGCCAUCCGGGAGGAGCGGGACCGGCUCCGGAGGAGGGUUCGAGAGCUUCAAACUCGACUACAGAGCGUGCAGGCCACAGGGCCCUCUAGCCCUGGCCGCCUCACUUCCACCAACCGCCCAGUUAACCCCAGCACUGGAGAGCUGAGCACAAGCAGCAGCAGCAAUGACAUUCCCAUCGCCAAGAUUGCUGAGAGGGUGAAGCUAUCAAAGACCAGAUCCGAAUCUUCAUCGUCUGAUCGGCCAGUCCUGGGCUCAGAAAUCAGUAGCAUAGGGGUGUCCAGCAGCGUGGCAGAACACCUGGCCCACUCUCUUCAGGACUGCUCCAACAUCCAAGAGAUCUUCCAAACACUCUACUCACAUGGAUCUGCCAUCUCUGAAAGCAAAAUUAGAGAGUUUGAGGUGGAAACGGAACGGUUGAAUAGCCGUAUUGAACACCUCAAGUCCCAAAACGACCUCCUGACCAUAACCCUGGAGGAAUGCAAAAGCAACGCUGAGAGGAUGAGCAUGCUGGUGGGGAAGUACGAGUCCAAUGCUACCGCACUGAGGCUGGCUUUGCAGUACAGUGAGCAGUGCAUAGAAGCCUAUGAACUCCUCCUGGCGCUGGCCGAGAGCGAGCAGAGCCUCAUCCUGGGGCAGUUCCGGGCGGCCGGUGUGGGGUCCUCCCCUGGAGACCAGUCAGGGGAUGAAAACAUCACUCAGAUGCUCAAGCGAGCUCACGACUGCCGGAAGACGGCUGAGAACGCCGCCAAGGCCCUGCUCAUGAAGCUGGACGGCAGCUGCGGGGGAGCCUUUGCCGUGGCCGGCUGCAGCGUGCAGCCCUGGGAGAGUCUCUCCUCCAACAGCCACACCAGCACAACCAGCUCCACGGCCAGUAGCUGUGAUACCGAGUUUACUAAAGAAGAUGAGCAAAGGCUGAAGGAUUAUAUCCAGCAGCUCAAAAAUGACAGGGCUGCAGUCAAGUUGACCAUGCUGGAGCUGGAAAGCAUCCACAUCGAUCCCCUCAGCUACGACGUCAAGCCCCGGGGAGACAGCCAGCGGCUGGAUCUUGAAAACGCCGUGUUGAUGCAGGAGCUGAUGGCCAUGAAGGAGGAGAUGGCCGAGCUGAAGGCCCAGCUCUACCUCCUGGAGAAAGAGAAGAAGGCCCUGGAGCUGAAGCUGAGCACUCGGGAGGCCCAGGAGCAGGCCUACCUGGUGCACAUCGAGCACCUCAAGUCCGAGGUGGAGGAACAGAAGGAGCAGCGCGUGCGGUCCCUCAGCUCCACCGGCAGCAGCGGCAAAGACAAGUCCGGCAAGGAGUGUGCGGACGCUGCCUCCCCAGGUCUGUCCCUGGCUGAACUAAGGACCACGUGCAGCGACAGUGAACUGGCUGCGGAGUUCGCCAGUGCCAUCCGGCGAGAAAAGAAGUUAAAGGCCAGAGUUCAAGAGUUGGUGAAUGCCUUGGAAAGACUCACCAAGAGCAGUGAAAUCCGACACCAACAAUCAGCAGAGUUUGUUAAUGACCUAAAGCGAGCCAACAGCAACCUGGUGGCUGCUUAUGAGAAAGCAAAGAAGAAGCAUCAGAACAAACUGAAGAAGCUGGAGUCUCAGAUGAUGGCCAUGGUGGAGAGACAUGAGACCCAAGUGAGGAUGCUCAAGCAAAGAAUAGCUCUGCUGGAGGAGGAGAACUCAAGGCCACACACCAAUGAAACGUCACUUUAAUCGGCACAUGGGCACCGAAGUUCUGCCCAUGGACGCUAAACUAUAGCAGGUCACCGAGGAGAGAAGGGCCCCGGGGGACACAGUACCUGUUGGGAGAGUGAGAAGGGGAAGGUUGGCAGGUAGGUCAGCACUUGGACACUGGAGUGCCAUGGACUCAGCCUGGGGGGCGAGUGGCCCUGGUGACACAGUGUAGGCUGUAUCCACAGGAUCCUGUUCCUCCCCUCCCGGGCCGUGGACGGCGUGUAAAUACCCGCGCAGUGUGCCGUGCUCAGCAGGCCUUUCUUCUGCUUUCAGCACUGGCUUUGCCAUUCUCCCAUCUUUUCUGUUCUGGAGGUUGUGCAUCAGUCGUAUCCCACACAUUUGCUUUAUAAGAUUUUCCAGUCCUUUCUUCUCUUUUUUUGUAGACAGUGACCUUAUCUCUGGCAUCCCCAAUUUCUCCUCUUUCCUUCUCCUUGAGGGGAAAACUGACACUCACAGAGGGGUCUGUGUGUCUUCAGCAUCUAGAAGUGCUGAUUUGCUUAUUGCAACAGACUUUGGUUUUCAAGUCCCACAUAUCAACUCUAAGAUAUAGGCUGUCACUCAGAGGUGCUCUGGGAGGUGGAUUACAGGAGCAUGGUGCACAGGUGUUCCUUACAGUCCUAGCUUCGGUGACGUUACAGGUAGAGAAACCCCAGGGCUGUUCCUGAACAAUUCUGUAUGGGAGAAUGAAAACUUCCUUCACCUCUCACUGUGGAGGCAGUGCUGGGAAGGGAGCUCUCUUUGACUCUGGGAUCUCCCCCUCCCAGUAGAGCCUUAUUAACAGCCAAGACUAAUUGCUGACAGAACGUGUUAAUACACGUAGGGGAACUAAAAUUUUAUUAGGAGUUUUUUCAAGAGCAGAGGAGCAUAACUGGUACUUUUCCCCCACCCCAGGGCACUACAUACUUGCUGUUCUGCAUGAAUCAAAGUACAUAUGUAGCUCAGCACCUGCCUCUGUUUUUCUAAGGGCAAGAGGCAGGACACUGAGUAGAUACUGCAUGUUUUGCAGGCUGAUCCCACCUAUUUAAGAAACUGCUACUGAACCCCCAGUUCAAGACUUCGCUCCUGCUGUUAUGAAGGGCAAGGGGUGAAGGAGUGGUUGCUGAGGCCUCCUUUUACCCCCUCCCCCCCAACCCCGAGACAUGGUGAUGGUUAGCAUACGAUGCUUAAACAGGUUCAAUUUCAAGCAAAAUGCUGACAGGGCUGGGCAGGACUGAAGUACCUGAAUUCUUUCAGGAAAGUCUUCCAUCUUAAAAUAAAUUCAUUAUUCCUCUUCUAUUGUAACAUUCACUGUUUUACCAACUCUCGCGUUGUGUUUCAAGUCUUCUGUAGCUGCCCUACAUUGACACAUUUUCAAGGACCACUUGCCAUUUAUUCUGUAGCACCUAAAGAUCCACCCAAAGUCCCCUACGGGAAAUGGGUCACAAAGUUUUGCUUAUGACCAGAUCACUGCAUUAACCACGUCCAUGAGCUAAAGGUCUGUCUUCAGAGAGCAUGGUACAAGUUCCUCAGCGUUCUGCCUAGUGGGGAAGGACACUCCAGCCACCACUGUGGAGGACAGAGCAUUUCUAUCCCAAAAGCAAUCACCCUUCUUUCUCUGGCCAGCAGUGAGGGCUGCCCCAUCUUCAAAAGGAAUCAACUGGUAUCAGUCUGGAAGGAUCAGCUUUUGGGUGCUUUGAUCACUGUGAAAGUAGUCACUGGCUUCUCUUUCUGUUAUGAAUCAUUUUGUCAAAGUUGGUUCUUGUGAUUUUCUUUUUAAUCAAUUUUUAUUCUUUGGAUAGUUUCAUUUUGUCACAAGGAAAAUGUUUUGGUAGAAAAGUAUGUGCAACAAAAGGUUUAAUAGACAAAAUCAUUGUUUUUGUCAUUUUUCCAGCCUGCCUAGGGAAAUGUCCUUCCUUAAGCAAACUGGGAUGUGCAAGGUGGGAAACCAUUCAUGGCUUUCUCUUCUGUGACUAAACAGGCAUCAAAAGUUUUAUUUUCACCAACACUGAAAACUAUGGCUGAUGCAGGUAUAAAAUCUUGUCUGCUGACUUCUGUCUACCAGUCUCGCUCCAAGUUAAAACUGAAAACCCACCCUUUUAGGGUCAUAUAACUCGCCCCAGACCCCAGAGGUCUCAUUAUGAGCCAUCAUGAGCUCCAGUAUUGCUCAUCCUAUCUGGCCUCAUUUUGAGUUUAUAUUUCAACAUAAUACUUUUCAAAUAUGUGGUGAUUGGGUGAAAACUAUUUCCCUAGCAAAACUGUUACCUUUAUAAAUGUGUAGAAAAAGAUAUUAAAUAGU